AUGUCAAAUAAGGAGAAAUAUCAGCCCAAAGAUAACAAGCGGAAAGGGGAGACUGCUUUGAGCGCAUUCGCGGAAUACGUCGAAGAGCAGCAGAACAUCCGCUACCCUACCAAGGCCCCCGCGAAAGCUUCAGCCGGCACCGCGCAUGACGCUGAAGACACCGAGCAUCACGAAGAACUUGACGAGCUAUUCGAGACCCUCGACUUAGAAGAUGCCGCGCCGCGAGUUUCCUUGAAACAGCUCCUGCUCGCGACCGAUGACGCAUCAAUACAGAAGCUCGAAAAGGUCGUCAUCGAACGAUUAGACGAAGGCUUCGGCGAGGCUGUAUUCGAGCUGGGGUUUGAGGAUAGUGGGGAGUCUAUGGAUUUAACGAUAGAAGAGUGGAACGUGGCGUAUAACCGACUAGACGAAACAGCACAUCGAAUACGGGCGAACUGUCAACUACUGAUGACUAAACACGUUGGCGGGAACGUUGAGGCACCGAGCGUGGGCGAUAAUCCCGGCAAGGCCAAGGGCUGCAGCGGGAAGGUUCUGGUUCGGCAACAGCCAGGCGUGAUUGAGGAUGUGAUUGAGACGCGGAUAGCCGUGGUCGGCAACGUUGAUGCCGGCAAAAGCUCCAUGCUGGGUGUCCUUGUAAAGGGCGACCUUGACGAUGGUCGUGGAAAGGCGCGCGUGAACCUCUUUCGACACAAGCAUGAGAUCGAAUCAGGGAGAACGAGCUCCGUGGGGAUGGAGAUCAUGGGCUUCGACAGCAAAGGCAACAUCAUUACGAGUGAUAUUCCUGGUCGCAAGCUUUCAUGGGAGGAGAUAGGCAAGCGAAGCGCCAAGGUUAUCACCUUUACCGACUUGGCCGGUCACGAAAAGUACCUUCGGACGACAGUGUUCGGCCUACUGUCAAGCAGCCCCAACUACUGUCUCCUGAUGGUGGCAGCGAACAACGGCCUUGUGGGUAUGAGCAAGGAGCAUCUCGGUAUCGCCCUGGCUCUCAACGUACCGGUCAUGGUCGUUGUGACCAAGAUCGAUAUCUGCCCGCCCAACAUUCUCGAGGAGACAAUCAGCCAGAUCAACAAGAUCAUGAAGUCCCCAGGCGCGCGGAAGAUACCCACGUUCAUUAAGAACAGGGAGGAUUGCAUCAACACAGCCACGCAGUUUGUCAGCCAGAGGAUCUGCCCCGUGUUCCUCGUCUCCAACGUGACAGGUGAGAACCUGGAUCUGGUCCGCACUUUUCUCAACAUCCUGCCGCAUCACGGUCGGUACAACUCAGACGCCCCCUUUGAGUUUCAGGUCAACGACGUCUUCUCGGUGCCCUUCACGGGAACGGUGGUGUCAGGGAUCGUGCGCUCCGGCGUUGCGCAUGAAGGCGAUAACAUCCUUAUCGGCCCGGAUUCGCUCGGCAACUUCCUGGCCACCGCCAUUCGCUCCAUCGAGCGCAAGAGGAUACGUGUUCCUGCCGUGUCCGCGGGUCAGUCCGCCUCCUUUGCGCUGAAGCGCGUCAAACGCAAGGAGGUCAGAAAGGGCAUGGUCGUUCUACCAAAGACAGAGGGCCAGCCUGCCCCCAAAGUGCACCGCGAAUUCAUAGCAGAAGUCUUGAUCUUGUCCCACGCCACGACCAUCAAGACUCGCUAUCAGGCCAUGCUUCACGUGGGACCUGUCCAGCAGACGUGUGCUAUCAUCGACAUUGAUCGUGAACUCAUUCGCACUGGCGACCGGGCCACCGUGGCUUUCCGAUUCGUGCAAAGACCAGAGUACCUCGUCCCUGGCGACCGGCUACUCUUCCGCGAAGGCAGGACAAAGGGGCUAGGAAUUGUGAAGCAGGUUGGGUAUGACCCUUCGAAACCCUUGAGGGGGAAGCCCGGUGAGACAGGAGGCGGGGGAGAACCGUCGGGCGGAGGGAGGGCCGUCGAGGUAGGAGCAUGA